CUGUCGAUCUCGCUGUUCAUGCUAUCAUCACAAAGGCGCUUCCGCCCUACCGACUCACGCUCCGACGACUCUUGGGGAGCAAUCGCGGAGGCCGAGCACAAGCAUUGACGACAAUGCAAGAGGCAUUCAAGCGUUCUUGGGAGCGGCUUGCGAAAGUCCCGAUCAAAGGCACGUACAUCACGAACAUCAACAAGUGGACAUGUGACUGCGGCGCGCAGAAGUACCACGCAUACCUCCUCUGCAAGCAUCUGGUCCACGCAACUGGGGAUCUUCCGGCCUUGUGGUGGGUACAAGUACAACGGUAUCACGUCCCACCGUUCUACACAGUUCCCAUCAACGGGACGAUCGCCUCUCCCCCGGAAUCAAGCACAAAGCACGCGUGGCUCGAUAGAAUGCCAAACGCGGCCACAGAACUUGAACCGAAGACCCCGAGCCCGGUCAAGAGCUCAAAGUCGAAGUUGGUUUACGAUGGUGUGGAGUCGGAGACAGAGAUGGAGGAGUCUGCGUUACCAUCGAUCGACUCGUCACCUAACAAAGCGCCGCCGACGGGCCGCGAUGGUCUCUUGCGCACACGCGCAGGCGGGAGCGGGGGCUUCGCGCUCGAUGACGAGGACGCUGGUGACGUUCGCGAGCAGGCUCGACUGCUGCGCCGUGCAGCCGACAUACUGGAGGAGCAACACGAAUUAGCGGAACCGCGCUUCAUCAAGAACGCGAUGCGCGCAACGCGUUCAGCCGCGAAGUGGGCGCAGGAUAUUGACAAGCACGAGCAUCGCCGCACCAUGCCCAUUACAAAUGCUGUGGAACGUGGCCAAGCACUCCCUUCGAACGUUAUCGGCUACAAGUACAUCGCGCGGCGCUGACUCGGAGUAGUACGGUUACCAACCCUACUAUUGCACGACUUCAACAUAUAUCAUUUGUUCUUAUUACUGAGUCACUAGUACGACUCUAAUGUCAUAACAUCACAUAA